CCGCAGAUGUGCGAGAAGUUCACCGUCUGCGAGAACAGCAUGGAGAUGCUCGUGCAGAACAACCUCAACCUGCCCCGGGUGACCGAGGAAGACGGCUGCCUCCUGUCCGGCUUCAACGAGGACAAGUGCCUGAGGAAGCUCUCCAGCGGCCUCUUCGCCUUCCACACGUACCUGGAGUACGUGCAGGAGGCGUUCGCCAGCGAGCGGCAGCAAGUGGAGUCGCUCUGCUACAGCACCAAGCACCUGGCGAGCACCCUGAGGCAGAUGGUGAUAGAUCCCGAUGAAGUGGUCAUCCUAGACUCUGCUUCCAAGAAGUCCCUUCUUGCAAAGCUGAAGUCRGAUAAGACCUGGAUAGAGAAAAUCACCACACACCUCAUCCUCCGAGACUUUACUUCGUUUAUGGAGAAAACCGUGAGGGCUGUUCGCUAUUUGAAAAACACCAGGAGUGUCAGUGUUUGAAUGUUUUAAUUCAGGCACGAUCCUUUGUUACAAAUCUGUCAUGUGGCAGAUGACAGUGUUGUUCUGUUUUAAGAACCUGAAAUAGUAACAAUGAUUUGCAUUUUUUAUAUAUUCUCUAU